AUGCCGUCCUGUUCAAUGCUCUUAGCGGAUACUGAAUCCGGAUUACCGCCUAACUGGGAGGUGCGUCACAGCAAUUCCAAGAAUCUCCCGUACUAUUUCAACGCGAAUGAUAAGGUCUCGCGCUGGGAACCUCCGUCUGGUACCGAUACCGAGAAGUUGAAGAAAUACAUGGCUACCAACCACUCGGCCACGUCCCAGAUUUCCUCCGCUGGCAAACCCGAGGGCAAGAUCCGCGCCGCCCACCUAUUGGUGAAGCACCGCGAUAGUCGACGACCCGCAAGCUGGCGCGAAAGUGAGAUUACUCGAACCAAAGAAGAAGCUAUGGCUAUUAUCAAGGCUCAUGAGCAGAAGAUUAAGAGUGGUUCCGUGUCUCUCGGCGAACUCGCCAUGAGCGAGAGUGACUGCAGUUCGGCGAGAAAACGAGGCGACCUAGGCUAUUUCGGCAAGGGAGAUAUGCAGAAAGAAUUCGAGGAGGCCGCAUUCGCAUUACAGCCAGGCCAGAUGAGCAGCGUUGUGGAAACGGCAAGCGGCCUACACUUGAUCGAGAGAUUGGUGUAA